AUGUUGAAACUCCUUGUUCUUGGGACGUUGCUGCUGGUAGCAAUUAACCUCGCUGAUGGAGCAGCGGUCAGGAGAACGAGUGCUCCGAAGAUUCAAAAGAAGGUUGUAACCAAGGCACCUAUUUCUGAAGAGUCUGCGGAGGAAUCAGGCGCCUCAGUGGAGGCAAGUGUAGAUACUAGUGACGAAGAAGAAGAAGAGGAGGCAAGUGAUGUUGAUGAUAGCGACGAAGAGGAGGAGGUGGUAAGUUAUUUGUACAGCAAGGUUGAUUUAAUCUGA